CUAUGUUCAAGAGUUAGUAACUUGCUUCUAAUCAAACUCAGUCUUAACCAAUUGAAGAAGGAAUAUAUAAGCUGAGCGACAAUGGAAGGUGGCCAAAAGGGAAUGAACCCGUUGUUUGUGGAGAUGGGGGUUGGCUAUGAUCUUGAUGGGCAGGACAUAACAGCUGCUGCUAUGAGGGCAUGCAAAGAUGCAAUAGCUACUAAUUCAAUUCCAGCUUUCCAAAAGGGUAGCAUCCCUGGUGUUACAUCUGAUAACAUGAAAGUACAUGUGAAACUUGGGGUGCCUCAUCCUCUCCAACAAGGCUUGGAUAAGGACAGAAUUAAGACUGUGUUUCCAUAUGGACAAGUUACGGGGUUUGAAGUAGUGGAUGGUGGAAUGGUGUGCUCAACUGAGGAAACGGUUGACAGGAACGAUGACUGUUACAUUGUCAAUGCUGCUGUCUAUGUUGGUUAUUAAGAAUUUGGUUCCUCUCAGUUCCCUGUGGUUGGAAUAUGGAGCUUCAGAUGCAUAAGUAGUAAAGCCAUCAUGGUGUGUAUGUGGACUUUUACUAUGUACUUAAUUGUAAGGUGUGCUGUAAUAAUUGAUUAGUGCUAUUGUUGGUUAUGGUUAAAGCUUAAAACUUUAGAAGUUGAGUGGUUGUAAUAAUAAUGUUUAAGUAAAAUAAUAAUAGCAAUAAAAUUGUUGGACAUCUUGAAUGGUAUAA